GAAGAGUAAGAGUAAAAAACAAAACCUUCGUCUCUAACAAAUGUGUGGCAGCUGAUUGAAACUAGUAGUGGUGAAGGAGAAGGAGAAUGGGAGAUCUCUACGCUUUGGACUUCGAUGGAGUUCUCUGUGAUAGUUGUGGAGAAAGCUCUCUAUCUGCUGUUAAGGCAGCCAAAGUGAGAUGGCCUGAUUUGUUCGAAGGAGUUGAUUCCGCUUUAGAGGAAUGGAUCGUCGAUCAAAUGCAUAUUGUGAGACCUGUGGUUGAAACUGGCUAUGAAAAUCUUCUACUUGUGCGGCUGUUAUUGGAGACCAAGAUACCGUCUAUUCGAAAAUCUUCAGUUGCAGAGGGGUUGACGGUUGAUGGGAUACUGGAGAGCUGGGCAAAGUUUAAGCCCGUGAUCAUGGAAGCUUGGGAUGAAGAUAGAGAUGCUUUGGUAGAUUUGUUUGGAAAAGUUAGAGAUGAUUGGAUUAACAAGGACUUGACAACUUGGAUUGGUGCCAAUAGAUUCUACCCAGGAGUUUCAGAUGCACUGAAAUUUGCCAGCUCAAAGAUUUAUAUCGUUACCACGAAACAGGGCCGCUUUGCAGAAGCGUUACUGCGUGAAAUAGCAGGUGUAAUCAUACCAUCAGAAAGGAUUUAUGGUUUGGGUUCAGGGCCAAAGGUGGAAGUUCUAAAGCUACUUCAAGAUAAACCAGAACAUCAGGGCUUGACGCUGCAUUUCGUGGAAGACAGACUCGCAACGCUGAAAAAUGUCAUAAAAGAGCCUGAAUUAGACAAAUGGAGUUUAUACCUAGGAACCUGGGGAUACAACACUGAGAAAGAGAGAGCUGAAGCAGCAGGCAUUCCCAGGAUUCAGGUUAUUGAGCUCUCCACGUUUAGCAAUAAGCUUAAAUGAGUGCAUAUACUCAUUGGAAAAGAAACAAAGCUUUCCUCUUUAUUGUAUUCUACGGCAUUCAACGGAAACUAAAAACCAAACAUGUUUAGCUUGAAAUUUGUCAAAGACAUCUUCAAAUGGAGGAUCUCCAGGUCUUCUAAACUCUUGCUUCCCUAUCUUGACCUCGUAAGCUUCUUCUUGGCUCAGCACGAAUUCCCUUAGCUAAUUGAAAGAUAUGAUUGUGAUGUUAGAUUUUGACUAAUCCACUAAACAAAGUUUUCAGCAUUGUGUGUUUUCUGUGGCUUUUACCUCAGUCACAAGCUUCCCAUUUUGCAUAUUGAACAUCACUGUGCUUCGAUC